AUGGAGGACCAGCUGCUGUGCUGCGAGGUGGACUCCAUCAGGAGAGCUUACCAGGACGUCAACCUGCUCAAUGACCGAGUUCUGCAAACCAUGCUGAAGGCCGAAGAAAACUACUUGCCUUCGCCAAACUACUUCAAGUGUGUUCAGAAAGAAAUUGUACCAAAAAUGAGGAAAAUAGUUGCCACCUGGAUGUUAGAGGUCUGUGAGGAACAGAAGUGUGAGGAGGAGGUUUUUCCGCUGGCUAUGAACUACUUGGACAGAUUUCUAUCAGUAGAGGCCACCAGGAAAACCAGACUACAGCUGCUCGGAGCCACAUGCAUGUUUCUAGCAUCCAAGAUGAAGGAGACUGUACCCUUAACGGCGGAGAAACUCUGUAUCUACACGGACAACUCGGUCCUGCCCGGAGAACUGCUGCAAAUGGAGCUGCUGGUUCUCAACAAGCUCAAGUGGGAUCUGGCUUCAGUAACUCCUCAUGACUUCAUCGAGCACUUCCUGUCCAAGCUGGACAUCCAUCCCUCCACCAAGCAGAUCCUCAGGAAACAUGCCCAGACCUUUGUGGCUCUCUGUGCUACAGAUGUCAACUUCAUUGCCAGUCCUCCCUCCAUGGUGGCAGCAGGCAGUGUAGUGGCAGCUGUUCAAGGGCUCUACCUGAAGAGCCAAGAUGCGUCCUUGUCUUCUCAGAACCUCACAAACUUCCUGUCACAGGUCAUUCGCAGUGACCCGGACUGCUUGCGGUCAUGUCAGGAGCAGAUAGAAUCUCUGCUGGAGUCUAGCCUGCGACAGGCACAACAGCACAAUGGUACAACAGAAACUAAACGAGUGGAUGAGGACGUGGACCUGUCCUGCACCCCAACAGACGUCAGAGACAUCAACAUCUGAGAUGACCGAGAGUCGCGUCGCACAAUGAGCAAUGAUGGAAGGAAAGUUUCAUCAGAGGGUGAUAGCGGGUGGGUCAGGGAUGGGGUGCCUCAUUUGAACUCAGCUUCCCUUCCUCCUUCAACAUGUCAGUCACUUGUCCUGCUGUCCACUAUGGCUGCCAAGAUGAGAUGCUCACCAUGCAACAUACCCCUGCCACAUUUCCUGCCAGUGUCCCCUCCCAGGCUUGGAAAAGAAAUGAACUCUUCAGAGAUGUACCGGAGAGAACAGACACUGAUUAUCGAUGACCUGUGUGGGGCUGAAGCCACAGAAGCAUAUAUUUUAGGAGAAAUGUUUUCUUAUUCCCUCACAUUAAACUAGGAAUCUUUAAAUUACAGCAGACUGAGCAUGCCUACUAAAACAUCCCAAAGUGUCACGUACAGUAGGAUAGUCUGUCGUUAGGGCUUCACGUGAAACCUGAGGCCGUUCUGUUUGACUUCCUUUUCUGUUAUGUCUGCAAUGCUUUAGAGUUCCUGCCCAAGUUUCCAUGUUUGUCUUGUAGUCCAGACAUUCAUAUAUCCCUGCUUGCUUAUGUUUAGUCACUUUAUUAUGUAUCAUUUUAAACCUCUAUCAGUUAGUUUUAUACCUCUAUUCUUCCAAACCUUUUGUCUUAAAGCAAACGUAGGGUGUGACACUCACUUUCUAUCACCCUUAAGACUUUGGACUGCCAUUGUAAGGUUUGGACAAAGGGAAUUCUUUGUUCAUUCCUUGAUGAUGUUUGCUUUACCCAUUUACCUGUUAUUUGAUAAAAUCAAAUAUAAGCAGAGCAGUCCACAGUCUUUUCUCUCUCUGUGUAGUUAGACCUAAUACCAUUCCAACUUUGUUUUCUAAAGAAAAGCACUUUUGGUCAGUGAUGCUGGCUCAACUAAAAAGUCACAGUGAUAAAGUUUGUAAAACAAUAUGAAAAUGGAAUGAGGGAUUUGAGCUGGAGUCUUUUGGUAAUGGAGAGUGUGGAUCUGAUCAUCAUCUGGGACAGAAUUGAGCAGCGUGGCAGAAGCCCUUUGGUCAAACCCAGACUGGAUGCUGCUCGCCUCUGUCAGGAGUCUCAUAAAGCCAGUGGUUCUCUGUCGCUGCCUUCCAGUUCUCCAAUUCAAGUUUUGCUUCAGCAGGCAGAGCUGCUCCGACACCACGAUUUCACGGUUUUAGAUAACCUUCAGUGUGCAAAGCCAAAUGUUAAAGGCCCAGAGGUAAAAGUAAAAAGUACUAUUUUAAUAGUUAAAAUAAUUUUUGUAAAGUAAACACUAUUUAUCUUUGUAGGUCCCUAGUGACCGUGGCUUCAUGAGCUGAUGUUAAAUUCAAGCAGAGAGCUUAUUUCUUACUCCAGAACAGCUCUUGUCCAGAAAUGUGGCCAAACUACGACUAGUCUGUCUGUAAUUCUUCUCCAUUGUUGUAGCUCAGCUCAAAUACCUGUCAUAGAUUGAGGGCAAUGAAGCUAGAGGGGGGAAAAAAAGAGUGAUGAGACUAUUAACUUGAUUUUGCACAAACCUGAAAGACGUGGACUGCGUUUCUUGGGAACUUGCCUAGAAAAAUGGAAAGGAAAGCCGGCAAAAGUAGUGGCAAAAAGUGUAAGGGCUCACCAGUGGGGUGUGUCUUACUGCUGUAGAUUUUAUGUGAGGGCUCCUACACAGGACAGGAAAGUUGUCAUGUUCAGGUUGAUAUAUACUUAAUACAUAAGGAUGAAUAGGUUACCAUGAGCAAGGAGCGCUCUCUACUAUAUGUAAUCAACAGUAUAGGAAUAUACUGAAUUCUGUGAGCAUGUCAAACUGUGUAGGAACCCUAUAAAAUAGGUUUCUGAUUGUACAUUAAGGAUAGAGUAGGAGAGAAACACUCCUUGUAUUCCGCUGCUAUAGAAAAUAAAUUCCAGCUACAUGUUUUUUUUUUUUGUUUGUUUUUUUUAAGGAUUAAAAACAAUGCUUUUCUCCUGUUUGCUGCUACAUUUUGGUUGUUUUUAUACAUAUGUCAAUAUAAUGCCAUUCUAGGUUUGAAUUUUGUCAUAGAAAUUGUGUUAUUGACAUCCUCAUUUUUUUUUCUUGUGUAUACUAUGUGAUCAUUUUUUUUGUUUAGAAUUACAUAACAAUUUUCCAUACUAUUCCAAAAACAAGGAAAAAUGAGAAGAUGUACAGAAAUGCUUUGAUCCACAAUACCUCAUGUGACAGUCAAGAUCUAUCUCUAAUUUGUAGUCGUUUUUUUUUUUUUCUUUUUCAUUUAGUUUUAUUCUAUUCUGCUUGUUGGUUCAGUGCCUACUAGCUGUGUUAAACCUACCUGAGGUGACGCAUCUGCGAUGGGAACCAGCGAGUCCAGGGCAUGCUUUGAUACUGGUGCCAUAACAGAAAAUGGGAUAUGUAUAACUCUGUUGAGUGCUAAGCUGUCUCGGUGAAAGAGACUUUAUCUUUCUCUUUAGGCCCAUAGUGGCCUUCCUCUCCCCUUUUUAUAUUUAUAUAAAAGAAAAAGCUUUUUGCUCCAACUGUCAGUGAGUUGAUUUGAGUUUGUAUGUAGAUUCAGUGUCAUGCUCAGUAAGCCAUAGACUGUUUUUAUGUUUUCACAAAUCAUUCCACACAGUUGUGUCUACUUCAUGCCAGUUUUCUGUAACUGGAACAGUGUAUUCAUCCUUAUGUCGACAACACAAUAAAAACAU